CUGGGGGCGUUCCCUCUUGCUUUCCUGCAGCAGACAGUUGUUGGUUGUAACUGUUUAAUUUAAUCUAGAAAGGAAGAUGGCGGCGGCGGUGAGACAGGAGUUGGCCCAACUCAUGAAUUCUAGUGGAUCGCACAAAGAUCUGGCUGGGAAGUAUCGACAGAUCCUUGAAAAGGCCGUUCAGUUUAGUGGUGCAGAGCAGCUCGAGGCUUUGAAGGCUUUUGUAGAAGCCAUGGUGAAUGAAAAUGUCAGUUUAGUGAUCUCAAGGCAGCUGCUGACUGACUUCUGCACUCACCUUCCCAAUCUUCCCGACGGCACCGCCAAGGAGAUAUACCACUUCACACUGGAGAAGAUCCAGCCCAGGGUCAUUUCAUUUGAAGAGCAGGUGGCUUCAAUCCGACAGCACCUUGCAACCAUCUACGAGAAAGAGGAGGACUGGAGGAAUGCUGCUCUAGUCCUAGUGGGCAUUCCUUUGGAGACGGGACAAAAGCAGUACAACGUGGAUUACAAACUAGACACCUAUUUGAAAAUCGCUCGUCUAUACCUUGAGGAUGAUGAUCCAGUCCAAGCUGAAGCUUACAUUAAUCGAGCCUCUCUGCUUCAAAACGAGUCCACCAACGAACAGCUGCAAAUACACUACAAGGUGUGCUAUGCCAGGGUCCUGGACUACAAAAGGAAAUUUAUAGAAGCGGCACAGAGAUACAACGAGCUCUCAUAUAAAUCUAUUGUACAUGAAAGUGAACGGCUGGAAGCCCUGAAGCACGCCCUGCACUGCACAAUCCUGGCAUCGGCAGGACAGCAGCGCUCUCGCAUGCUGGCGACUCUGUUUAAGGACGAGCGUUGUCAGCAGCUGGCUGCCUAUGGGAUCCUGGAGAAGAUGUAUCUAGACAGGAUCAUUCGGGGGAACCAGCUGCAGGAGUUUGCUGCCAUGCUAAUGCCUCAUCAGAAAGCAACCACAGCAGAUGGUUCAAGUAUCCUGGACAGAGCAGUCAUUGAGCACAACCUGCUUUCUGCCAGCAAACUCUACAAUAAUAUUACAUUUGAAGAGCUGGGGGCCCUACUGGAGAUCCCACCAGCCAAGGGCUCUUUUCCCGCUGUUGAAGCCCCUGGUUACAGAUGCGACUUGGCAGAAAAGAUAGCCUCCCAAAUGAUAACCGAGGGUCGAAUGAAUGGCUUCAUCGAUCAGAUAGAUGGCAUUGUUCAUUUUGAAACUCGUGAGCCUUUGCCCACCUGGGACAAGCAGAUCCAGUCGCUGUGUUUCCAAGUCAAUAACCUCCUGGAGAAGAUCAGCCAGGCAGCGCCCGAGUGGACAGCGCAAGCAAUGGAAGCACAGAUGACCCAGUAACUCUCUCUCAGCCUGUAGUUUGGACAUUGUCUUCUCUCCAUUCCCUUGCACUGCGAGAGAACAGCAGACCCUUUGUUCAAGAUCAUAUUCUAUUUAACGAUUGCAAAAAUACAGUUGUUUUGUUUCAGGGGGGAACAUUUCUGUGUUUUAGGCUAUUUCUAAAUUUAGAAAUAUUUACACAGUUUCCUCUUUUUUGCCUCUUGUCCCAUCCUAGGGCUCAGUAAAUCCAUCUGGUUUAGUUAGCCACACCUGGGUGCGAGAGAAUCACAGCAGUCGCUAAUUGGCAGAGCAUUAUUUUACUAAGCUGUAAUUGUAAAAUUGUAACUUUUUUCUUCCCUCUAAUUGUCACUAGAAACACUAUCACUGGUGUUUCUUGAAGAGCAUUUAUUUCUUUACUGUUUUUUAAACUUGAAUUUGGAAUAUACAAAUAGUAUAUGUAUGAAAAAUACAAUGCUAUAGAUAAACAGUUGCUGUUGCUUCCUGGCACUUAAUGCUUUUACAGUAUGUUCAAACUCACUCCAAGGGUAUAGCUGCGACGUUAACUGCAGUUGAGCUGUGGUGUUGCAUUUGAAAUAUUUGCAUAUCCUGACUUACUGCUACAAAACACGUAAAGAACCAAAAGAUAAUAAAUUGGGACAAGUGAUAAUUUACCAAGGAAGAUCUCCUUUACACCCCCACCCCAAAUUAAUAACAAUACGUAUCUGGAUAAACUCACUGCAGUCUCAUUUCAGGGGAUUUUAAUUUCCCUCUAUUUAGCAGCACUAUUGCUGCUCCUGUUUCUUAUGAAUGUCCUUCCUGAUGUUUGCCAAGGGUGCCAGAAUCCCACACUGAGCAGUGCUAUGGUGCAACAAAGUUGCUUCAAAGGGGAUAGACCAUUUAAAGUUCAUUGUUUUUUUGGGGGGGGAUUAUUUAUAUCUAUGAAGGUAAAUAUAUCCUAUUAAAAAUUGAUUGGACAGCAGUUUGGCUUCCCUAAGUUAGUAUGAAGAUGGGAAAUGCUGAAUCAAUUGCACUUCAAUGUAUCUUAAGGAUUCUGAAUAGGCACCGCUCAGUGUCCUGCAAGUCAAGAAAUAUGAUUGCAUAAAAACAGUGCAUUCUUUAUUUCCCUUCACUGCUGUGAUCUUCUAGAUGUCAACACAAGAAGAAUAUUCCUUGCUGUUCAAAGGUUAUGUGAACAACAUGGGAUUUUAAUUGUUGUUUGUUUUAUUUAAUUAAUUAAUAAAUAAAUAAAUGAAUAAAUCACAGCCUACUGAUAAAUGAU